AAUUGAACAUUUUAAUGAGAAACCAAUAAAGAUAGGUUUUAUACAUGGAUGUUUAAGUUUAACCCCUGAAAAAAUUGUAUCUACAGAUACUUUAUAAUGAACAAAAUUACAAUUUCAUGCUCUCUUCAAUUUUCCGUGUACAUACCGUUGUUCUUGCUUGAAUUGUAAUCAAGGCUUAGGAAAUUUGGCAGCUUGGGUAAAGGGUUUUUCACUUAGGGUCCAUUUAAUAGGGCGUAAAACAUUUUCCUCGGAAAUUGUUUUCCUCUAUUUUCAAUUUUACAUCCUUUGGUUCGCAAAGGAGUGUAAAACCAUUUUCUCUUGAAGUAAAUUACUCUUCCAAUGAUGGAAAACCAUUUUCCUUUCCAAAUGAAGAGAAAACUAUUUUCCUUCAUUUUCCUUAUUUCUCUUGUACACUCCUCUAAUUACCUCAUUACUUUCCAUUUCAUUUUUCUUUCACGUCAUCAUUUAUCUUACAUAUAACCAAACAACGGAAAACUAAUUUUGGAAUUGUAUUUUUCAUUGUAAAUUGUUUUCCACUGUAAAUGUUCUACGCCCAACCAAACGGAGCCUUAGAUUGCCAAGUUGUUAGUUUUUAUAAAUUUUGAACUUAUUGGAGUGUUCUAUGUGAGCAUUGACUUAUUUCUAAUCGUUAUAAGUUAUAACUAGGGAUUUUCGGAACAAACUUAGGGGGACAAAUAGGGGUUUUUGGAAAAAAGGGUAAGAAAUGUGAAUGUUUGUAUAUGUUAUAACUUAUAGUAGUUAUAAAUUAUGAGUUUAUUGUCCUAUGCUGAUGCAUUCUUUGUGAAAUCAUAAAGAGGAGAAUAGAGUACUACGGUUUUGGUUUAUGUCGAAAAUUGGUGGGAAUCAUAGACUUGGAUUCUAGAUAGAGGCAUUAGGGAGUCAUUUUUGUAAAUCUUGUCACGUUAUCGUAAUUGUUAGGCAAAUGUAGUUUUUUCAUCGUAGUUGUUAGUUGCCAUAGAAGCUGUAAAAUCUGUUCUUGGGUGAACUAUUAUCUUACCUCAAAAACUACCUCUACUGGAAAUGUAGUUCUUUCAAAACACUACAUCAUCUACUGAAAGCUACCAUAGAACUUUACUUCACCAAACACACUCACCCCACGAGCAUUAGUAUAGUUGUGCAUUGGUCAAACCUCUAAAAGCUGCUUGAAAAGCGGUUGCCUCACAUACCCAGAAGCUUCAACUUAAAGUGGUGGAGGUAAGCGGGAACUUUGAGCAUUGUCUGACCAUAGAUUGAUACAUGUUUCUAAUUGCUAAGGUAUAAAGUACAAUAUACAUGUAUUUGCACUUUAGUCUCUUUUUUCCUUGGAAAACGGCAACCAAGACAACAAAGAUCUCCAAAACUAUUCAUGACCGUUAUGGAAAUAUGGCCACUGAAGGGAAGGCAUAUAUAUCUCAGACCAAUAGUCCCUGGUUCUACCUUCUGGUGCUUCAUUUAUAUUAGUUCUGGUUCUGAAUUUCAAACUUUUAACUGGUCCUUUUGUUGAGUGAUGAUCUUUCUUUUAAGUACUUCCCCUUCAUUCUUUCUCUUCAAUAUUUCUACUCGUGUGCUCCUAUUUUUAUACAUCAUUGGCCUCUUGAUGUUGACUCUUCUGCAGAAAUACCAAUGACGAAUGCUUGCGAAAUUGCAACGUCAUACGAUAAUCCACUUGGGAAGCUUCCUGAUCAUUUGCUAGUUGAGAUAUUUAUUCGAGUUCCUGUGACUGACUGGGCGAAAGUAUCUUGCGUUAAGAAACACUGGGCUGAUUUGUUUAAAGAAGAGUGUCUGUGGCAUGCUGCUCUUGUGAAAACAUAUCCUUUUGCUGGUCUUGCAAAAAGAUGGCCGGGACCAAUUCCUCGAGGAAUAAGUAAAAGGCGAUUCACAUCUUUGUAUAUCAGUAGACACAUCUUUGUUCUUGACGAUGGGAUGGAUGAGAUUGUGGGUCAUACGUACCUUUUCCUGAAGGAACAACUUGAAAUUUCUACUAUGCCACCCCCGUCUACAAUACUUCACGGGACAAUAAUAGACCAGUUCAUAGCUUGCGGGAAAUCAAGGGAAAGGGCACAUGAGCUAGCUUCUUUGAUCUGGCUUGCUGUCAUUGAUAAUUUAGAGGAAGACGAGAGGACAUUUCAUCUAUUGAAGCGCUUGGCUCUAGAAGGAAAUGUAUUUCUUCCAUUCCCAUAUUCGAGGUCAAGCAAGGUGCUCUGGAGGAUAUUUGAGAAGCUUUUCACAGAUUUUCGUGACUGCUUGAAUCAUGUCGACUACUAUGACCUUGUGGCAAGUGCUAAGUCCAGAUUUCAGCCUAUACCAUCUACUUGGUUAGGUUACUAAUCCCUGCUUUACCUGAUUAGAAGUUAGAAGUGUAUAUGUAGAUACACUUGUCUCAUUUGGGGCCUUUCCGUGGCUAUACCGCCGAUGUUGUUGCUUUUACAUAAAGGAAAUGUAUAUUUUCAUGUUAAUAUGAAGUUACUGGGUAAUCACUAUUCACAGGUCAUAAAGUCACCAUAUUGAUAGGAUUGUAAAAUAGACGCUCUUGAAUCUUGAUGUCUCCAUAUUAAUGUAAUUCUUACAGGUGCCAGCAAAAUUAUGAAAAUGUGAGCCCAUGGUAUGUGAUGAUCAGUUCAUGGAAUUUGGCUAAA